AUGGCAGCCCGAUCGCACAUCAAAUGGUACGAUCCUGAGACCGACACGGACCAAAAUAUAAUGGACGAACCCUUUCGCGCUUUCGCCAUUAUGCUUUACACAAUUGUGCACCAGUACGUAAGAGCGAUUGGGGAAGAGAUGGUUACAUUCAUGAAAGGAAUUCAGGACGUAGAAGGAUCUGUGGAUUCUGAAGAACGCCCAAGCAGCUUGCUUCGUCGACUCAAUGCUAUCAGCCGCGAUGUUAGGGCUGCAAGCCUGAAGGAGAAGUUUGUAUUCAGUAUGGAUGCAGCAAAGUGGGCGGACGCUAUCUUCAAACCGCUAAGAUACAUGGAUGAGAAGGAAAAAUUGCUACUGGUAGCUCGAGGGGUAGAGCAGUAUCAUCCAGAUCGUUUGCGAGAAGUUGCUGCGGACAUUCAUCAGCAUAUCGAGGAUGUUGUUGCGGAAAAGCAGCAGGAAAGACAGGAGCAGCUCCAGGAACAAGAAGAGAAACGAAAGAAAGAUCGAUACAAGCUGCAGAAUGACCAGAAGGCUGAGGAAAAGAUCCGGGCGAGAAGAGAGGGAGAGCUUCUGGAGCAGAGCAUUAGGAUUGCGAAAGAAACGAAACGCGACAGUCGUACCAUGCGCGGCAUAGCUUGGGUCACCAUCGCCUUUCUACCCGCAACAUUCGUGACAUCGUUCUUUGGCAUGAACUUCUUUAAUGGCAUCGCUGGAAGGGUACCAUUUGACGAAGCGAGCCGCAACGUCUGGCUGUUCUUCGCAAUCGCUAUCCCGGUUAGUGGCAUUGUUCUGUUGACAUUCUAUUUGUGGGACAAGCAAGAAGAGAAGAAAGAUGACGGAAAACUGCCGUCGGUGGAAGACGGCACCAUGACAAACCAACAAGAUGCUGUAACACAGUGCACAGAAAACGAUUUUGAACUAUCAGCACCACACAGCAGAGUGUCGCACUCCUAA